GUUGUGACAUUUCUUCGACUGGCAUCUGUUUGUUUUACACAAAAAGUUCUGGCAAAACAGGCCGUCCUGCUUCUGAUGGUUGGGGAGCUGCUAGUGAGAUCGCUGUGAAGACAAGAUUGCUUGGAUUGCAGGCACCGUGACCAUCCCCAUCAGAUGGCUUGCCACGACGAUCUGCUCAAGUAAUUUGUUGUUCGGUCCGCUGUGCCUGUGCCAUUCAUCUCAGUGUGUCGCCAUGCCUUGCGGCCGAAAGUGCUUGGUGUUGCUGACCCUGGCCCUGACGAGUCGUGCAGAGGACGCUGCUGGUCAUUUGCGAGGCCCUUCGAAAGAGGAUGCCCCUGCGACCCCUUCGGCCCCUGCUGACCAUGGGCUGACUGAGUUGGUCAGGUUGAUUGAGUUGCCGGAUGCGAGCGGGUUGCCAGACACCCCAGGGCCAUACAAAGAAGUGCCAAGUGAUGCUGAUGCCGGAAAGCCAACAGCUGCUGUGAAGGAAUGGAGGUCCAAAGUUCCCAAUGCCACUCAUGGCAGUUUGGGCAGCUUGGUCUCGUUGCAAGCUUGGCAGGAUUAUCAGUUCUGCAAUGUUCACCAGACAGGUUUCUUCUGCGAUGGCCUCACUCGCAUUCGUUGCUGCAAGUUGGAGAAUGGCUAUGCCAAGUGUGGUUCAGCGGCAAACUCAAGCACUUGCGGAGCUGAGAAGCCAGAGAAGUCUGAGCAGCCUAAGCAGCCUGAGUCUUCCAAGCAGAAGGCCCUUUGGUUUUAUCCUCCAGCUGGGUACCCUGCAUAUCCCGGAUAUCCCGGUGGCAGCGGUGGCUGGCACAUUCACCAGGGCUGGCAUGUCAGCAGCUAUUGCCAAUCGCAUCAUGUGGGCUCCUUUUGUCGCAGUCACAGUAUUAUCCACUGCUGCAACGAUUUUGGGCACUAUGUAGAGUGCAACUCUGCAUUCUCUGAUAGCGGCCGAUGGUGUUAGUCACUUUAGGUUUUGAUAGAGUCUUGAUAGAGUCUUGAUAUGUCUUGAUAUGUCUUGAUAUGUCUUGAUCUCUGAUUGAUGUCUGAUUUUGCAAUUGACUGGAUUGUAAAGUUCAGAGUUUAGUCCUUUGCAAGUCUCUUGCGCCUUUUGAGCACCGACCUUGCAGCUGUACAGCACCUGUUAAUCGGUGGUUUUCUGUCACCUGAAGGUGAACCUGGGAGAAGGAUGGAGAAGGAACAUGUUCG